AUGCAGCGAGCUCAAUCAGUGCAGCCUGCUCCAAGGGUGACCUGUGACCCCUGUCCCCCUCCCUCAGUUGUGCUCUCUCUCCCCACCACCAUGCGGGUGACAGGAAGCCAGAGGGAUGGUCCAGUCCCUGACCCAUGCUGCUGCUGCUGCUCUCACCUGGCUCCUCUCCCCGCUCUCGCAGGCCUGAUCCGGUACACAGCACUGUUCAUCAUGCUGCUGGGCGCGUGGUUCGUCGUGCAGAUGUACUUCGAUAGGAGCUGGAAAGCUGUCAGCCUGCGGAGCUGGCUCGGUGCCAACGACAAGCCCAGCAGCCAGCAGCUGCCCCAGCACAAGUGCAGGAAUCAGAAGAGCUGUCCCCAGAACUAUUUUGCCUUCAAGAUCAUCAGCGGCGCCGCAAAUGUGGUGGGACCCUCCAUCUGCUUUGAUGACAUGGUCCUCCUGAGCAGUGUGAAAAACAACAUUGGCAGAGGCCUGAACAUUGCACUGGUGAAUGGAACAAGUGGGCAGCCCCUGAAAGUGGACACGUUCGACAUGUACUCCGGAGACAUUACAAAACUGGAGACCUUCCUCCAAGAGAUCAAGCACGGCACCAUCGUGCUGGUGGCCAGCUAUGAUGACGCUGCCACAAAGAUGAAUGACAAAGUACGGGCACAAUUUGCGGAGCUGGGCAGCAGCCACGUGAACAAUGUGGGCUUCCGGGACAACUGGGUCUUCUUGGGAGCAAAAGGGCUGAAGAAUAAGAGCCCCUUUGAAGAGCACAUAAAAAAUGAUCAGAAGACAAAUAAGUAUGAUGGCUGGCCUGAGCUGCUGGAGAUGGAAGGCUGUGCCCCCAAGAAGAUGGAUUAG